CUCGGUAACCCUAAUUUCGCGAGCGAGGCAGGGCAGGAGCUCCAGCGCUGGGCGGUGCGCCCGAUGCCGAUGCCGCUCACCGAUCCCGUCCGGAAUGCGUGAGGUAUGCGCGUGUCUUGUCUCUCUUGUUUCUCUCGCCUUCUAGGGUUUCCUCCCGGCUCUUGUGCGCUCCUGAUGCAUGCUCCGGAGCUCUGCGCUGCCUGUGAUCGAUGCCCCGGAGCUCAUCUCGUGUGAUCUGAGAUCCUCCCUCCUUUCUUCUCUUUCUUCCCCUUUUUUUCUUCUCGUCCCUGGUCUUCUUCCCAGUUUAAAAAAAUCAUGCAGCGUUUUUUUUCUUUCUUCAGUGCCGAUCAAGGCAGUCUCAUCGGUGAGUGAGUGAGAGAGCUAGACAGAACUCAGGAGCUCCAAUCUUUCUCAGUAGCAAAGAAGAAAGAGGAGGAAGAAGAAGACAUGGCUUCUUCCAAGACGAUGCUCCAUCCUCCUCCAAAUGGAGGCGUCGGCCCGCAGCGCUCCGGCCUGGGCCGCCAGGGAUCAAUUUACUCGCUCACACUGGAGGAGCUCCAAAAUUCAAUGCUGGACCAGGGAAAAAUCGGCAGCAUGAACAUGGACGAGUUCAUGAAGAACGUAUGGACGGCCGAGGAGAACCAGGGCGGCGCCGCCAACACCAACACCAGCACCGCCACCUCCACCGCCACCGACAACCCGCCCGCUCCCUCCUCUCUCCAGCGGCAAUCCAGCGUAAGUAUCCCUCGAACUCUCAGCCAGAAAACAGUGGACGAGGUGUGGAAGGAGAUCCAGGUCCAGAAGCAGCAGCAGCAGCAGCAAGAUCUCUCUUAUGGAGAGAUGACUUUGGAGGACUUUCUCAUCCGGGCCGGGGUGGUGAAGGAGGACACGGAUGCUACUUCCGGGGGUGUCGUCCAGGCAAUCGGCCCCCAAGGAACCAUACCCAACAGCAUCGAUUCCAUGGCUCAAAAUCCAGAUUGGUACAACUAUCAGGUGAAGCAGCAGCAGCUCAUGCACCAAGCUGCCGAUCUCUCGAAAAGGCCGAACUUGAUCGUCCCUGCGGGGCAUCCCGGCGCGUUUUUCGAUGCUCCAUACGAUGCCGUGCCUAGCAGCCUGGCUCUCUCCCCCGGGAUGGCGACUCCGGAGGCUCCCGGCAAGAAGAGGAGCUUGGAUCUCGUCGUGGAGAAGACUGUGGAGAGGCGGCAGAGGAGGAUGAUCAAGAACAGGGAGUCGGCGGCGCGGUCACGAGCGAGGAAGCAAGCUUACACAGUGGAGCUAGAAGCCGAGCUUACGCAGCUCAAGGAAGAAAAUACCAGAUUGAAGAGAUGGCAGGCCGAGGAAGCAGAGAGGAGAAGAAAACAGAUAACCGAGGUUUUCCUGCCAGUAACGCAACAAGAUCAGCAGCAGCACGCAAACGCGAGCUCACAAAAGCUUCAGAGGUGCCGGAGCUUUCCCUGACUUCCAUUUAACUCCACAGGAAUCGGGUUGUAAAGUGGGGGUCUCGCUCGCUCCUCAAGCCAUCGCAAAGAUCUUCCCUUGAUCUUCCGGGCCUGAGGAAGGAGAGCGAGAUCGAUCACCACUAAAAACACAGGAAAACGAAUAAGGUAAGCAGCAGAUCAUCCAGCAGCAGCAGCAGUAGCAGCUCUCAUGUACCUCAUCAGACGCGGCGGCCAUGUACAUUCGAGUUGGAAAUGCGUGUAUCUAAAACAGGAGCAAGGCAAAAGCAGCGGUUUUCCUUUAGGUGGUUUGUUCGUUCCGAGAGGUUAGUGACGAAGCUGGUUCUUCUAGCAUUUGUGAGGAUCUGUAGUUUAAAGGAAGCAAGCAUUUGUGAAAUCAGACGGAAAAAAAACAAGUGAAAUUCUUUUCCAGCUUA